GGAGGUGCGGAAGCGCGCUGCGCUGAGGGCAGCGGGGCCGGGCGGGCUGCGGCGCGAUGCGGGGCGGCCGCCGCCUCCUCCUCCCGCUGCUGCUCCUGGCGCUGCUGCGCGGGCCGUGCUGCGGCAGGGAGCCGGCGCCGGGCGCUGUUACCUGCGGCUCGGUGCUGAAGCUGCUCAACACCCGGCACAGCGUGCGGCUGCACUCGCACGAGGUCAAGUACGGCUCCGGAAGUGGGCAACAGUCAGUGACAGGAGUUGAAGCUUCAGAUGAUGCUAACAGUUACUGGCGGAUUCGUGGGAAGAGUGAUGGCAGUUGCCAACGUGGAACACCAGUGAAAUGUGGGCAAGCAAUACGACUUACCCAUGUGAACACGGGAAAAAAUUUACACACUCAUCACUUCCCGUCACCACUCUCCAAUAACCAGGAAGUAAGUGCCUUUGGUGAUGAUGGUGAAGGUGAUGACCUCGAUAUAUGGAUUGUGCAAUGCAGUGGGACACACUGGGAGCGGGAGGAUGCAGUGCGCUUCAAGCACGUAGGAACUGAGGUGUUCCUUUCAAUAACGGGGGAGCAAUAUGGCCAUCCAAUUAGAGGCCAACGGGAAGUUCAUGGCAUGCCCACCGCCAAUCAUCACAACUAUUGGAAAGCAAUGGAAGGAGUCUUCAUCAAACCCAGUAUGGACCCUGCAAAACACGAUGAGCUCUGAAUUGACAGAGGAUCCAAAAUGCUUCAGUUUACUCCAAUGUUCGGAGAUGCUAACCCUUGGUCUCUCUUAAGUCCUGCCUUGCCUAAGUGACUGACUUCCUGUGUUACCGAAGGGCAUUAGUUCACUCUAGGAAUGCAGCACUUCUGUGGGGAAUGACAUCUGCCGGGUUUAGAUACGGAGAUUUAUUUAAGAAAUCCUUUCUAAAUUUUCAAGCUUGUUUGGUGAAACUAGUUCAUACAUCUGUUAGUUUUCACUAUCAUUUGUUUUGCUUGUUACUUUUUCUCAAAUUCAAAGGAAAUGGAAAAAAAAGUAAUACAUUUCUGUAGUCCCAAAUACUGCAAAACUUUGUAUUUUGUAAUUUUUUUUUUCAAUUAUAAUUAAAUAUUUGGAAACUUCCUUCUA